UCUGAUUCACAACAACAACUGAUUGCCGAAGAUUUGGUGCAACACAAAAAAUCCCCGCCGUUUCCUUUUCUGAUAAGGUGUUCCUGCAGCCUCACCUCGACGGCCAGUGAAAAACGGAAGUAGUGCGAUGAGUACACCGACCAGAACAACCAUCAAUUAUUCCUGAAAGUUUGGUGCGAUCAUCGAAGCAGCUCGCGCGAAUCGGCCGUCUCACCAGGAGAAACAAUGAAGUUCCAGUUUCUAUCAGCGCACUAUCUGCUUUAUCUGACGGCCUGCGGGCUGCUCCUGUUAUCGAGCGACCAGCAGCGGACGGGUGUGCAGGCCGGUGACAUCAUCGACAUCACCAGCGUCGUGUUCGACAAACUCACCGAUGCCAUCCCGGCCGCCUACGGUGACUUCAACUCGGACGAGCUGACGGACGUGUUCGUGCUCCGGAACGGUUUCCACACGCUGCAGAUACUGCUCGGCAGCGAGGACAAGCCGCUGCUCCAGGAGGGACCACGGUGCGACUAUCCGAAGCACCGGAUCACGAGCAUCGUGCCGGGCGAUUUCAAUGGCGACGCCUACAUGGAUGUCCUGUUCACGGCGCAACCGAAUGGCGUUGCCUCCUCGGAUAAUCUCACGUUCGUGUACAUCAACUGGGGCUCGUCGGAGAGUAUGAACUGCACCGGCGAGGACACGGGACCGCUGAUCAAGAUGCAGGGUCAACCGUUGGCGCUGGACUACAACAACGAUUUCAUCAUCGAUCUGUUCGGGGUGGACAAGGACGGGCAGCGCACGAUCUGGACGUUUAAGAAACCGGAACCGGGAAAACCCGAAGGGCCGUUUCCCUCGAAACUCGAACAUCAUGGUCACCAUGAUGAGCAACUAUCGAUUCCACAUUCGCACGCCAUCAUCGAUCUGAAUAAGGACUUUACGGCGGAUCUGUUUCUCACCACUAAGACCGGGUUCGAGAUAUGGCACGGUACGGGCGGGAAUGCACCGUGGUUCGAGUAUAGCCACAAGAUCGACCUUCCGGCUGGCAACUACGGUACGCACGUCGGGCGAGUAAUCUUUCUGGACGUCGAGCUCGACGGGAGUUUGUUGCCCGUCUUUGCGAUGUGUUUCGAUUCCAAGUGCUCCAACUCGAGCAUCCUGGUGCACCAUGGUAACCAUCUGCACGAUCUGCAGAUCGAUUUCAAGGAUGAUCAUAACGAUGCGUGGCAUUUUGUGGUACCGGAUCGGUCGGACUGGGCAAAACAGACGAUCACGCUGCGUGGUGGCGACUUCAAUCUUGACGGCUAUCCCGAUCUACUGGCCACACUGACGAAAUCGGGCGACCAGAUGCAGACCUUCCUGCUGGAGAAUGUACCGUGCGAGAAGAGUGCCUGUAACCACAUGACGCGCACGUUCGUGGUACGCUGGAAGGCGUUGGCCCCCUUUUCGAACGGCACGCUGAUGGGUUCAUUCUUUGACUUUUACAAUGACGGCAUCCUUGAUGCGAUCUUCGUCGAGCGGCACGGUAAUGGGACACGCCCGGUGGCGUUCCGCAAUUCGCUCGACUACGAUGCCAACUUUGUGAAGGUGAUUGUACUGACGGGGCUGAGCAAUCGGAGCGGUCCGAAGAAGCUGACACCGCUCGGGAGGAAGAAGCGUACCUUCGGUACUAACCUGCCCGGGCCACGGAUCGAGUACAACACGACGACGCAGGACGGCGAACCGCAGCACGGUGCCUCAGCACAGCUACCCCAAUCGGCCUACUUUUCGCUCCAUCUACCCUUCACCACGUUCGGCCUCGGCCGGACACCCAACUUUGUCGAUUCGCUGACGGUGGGUCUGUCGAACCAUUCGCGCACCUGGACCCAGCUCAUCCCCAACUCGCAGAUGAUCGUCGUACCGAGCCCGAACAACGAACCGGAGCGCUGGAAGGCGCAGCUGUUUGUGACACCGAGCAAGCUGAUCAUGAUGAGCGUGAUCGCCCUCGGUGUGAUCUGUCUCGUGAUCCAGCUUCUGAUUCUCAUUCUGUACGCGAAGGAGAAGCGUGAAGAUCGGAUACAGCGAUCGCUGGAAGCACACCGGUUCCACUUCGAUGCGAUGUAGUUGGACACCGGUCACCCUACAUCCCCCAAAAAAGCUGCGAUAUACAAUUAGUUCAGUAGUCAUAUUAUGAUGGAGUAACAAGCACUGAGUCCAUUUGCGUGUGCCUGUCCCACAGAGCGUUGUCUCGUAAGUGCUUCUCUCGCAAACAAUGGUUGGUGACGUUUUAUUCAUGUUUUUUUCCCUUGUGUUUUUGUCUUUUUUCAAACGAAUCUUGCUGUACUUCUUCUAUUUAUUGUAUGAGAACACGAAUAAAGAAAACAGAUAUCUGACCAGUACUAUA